CUUCGCUGAUGCAAGAGCCUGGUGCGGUGGAGGGAGAGAUAUCAGCAAGAACCGAGCUGUCGCGGAUUCUUGGGGCUGACCCAUCCGACUUCCCGUCCGAGCCGAACCCACCCGAGCCGCAGCCAUGUCCGGGGACGAGAUGAUCUUUGAUCCUACUAUGAGCAAGAAGAAAAAGAAGAAGAAGAAGCCUUUUAUGCUAGAUGAGGAAGGGGAUGCCCAGACAGAAGAGACCCAGCCCUUAGAAACAAAAGAAGUGGAGCCAGAGCCAACGGAGGACAAAGAUGUGGAAGCUGAUGAAGAGGACAGUAGGAAAAAAGAUGCUUCUGAUGAUCUAGAUGAUUUGAACUUCUUUAACCAAAAGAAAAAGAAGAAAAAAACAAAAAAGAUAUUUGAUAUUGAUGAAGCUGAAGAAGGUGUAAAGGAUCUUAAGAUUGAAAAUGAUGUUCAAGAGCCAGCUGAACCAGAGGAUGACCUUGAUAUCAUGCUUGGCAAUAAAAAAAAGAAAAAGAAGAAUGUCAAGUUCCCAGACGAGGAUGAAAUACUAGAGAAAGAUGAAGCUUUAGAAGACGAAGACAGCAAGAAAGAUGAUGGAAUCUCAUUCAGUAACCAGACAGGCCCUGCUUGGGCAGGCUCAGAAAGAGACUACACGUAUGAGGAGCUACUGAAUCGAGUGUUCAACAUCAUGAGGGAAAAGAAUCCAGAUAUGGUUGCUGGCGAGAAAAGGAAAUUUGUCAUGAAACCUCCACAGGUCGUUCGAGUAGGAACCAAGAAAACUUCUUUUGUCAACUUUACAGAUAUCUGUAAACUAUUACAUCGUCAGCCCAAACACCUCCUUGCAUUUUUACUGGCUGAAUUGGGUACAAGUGGUUCUAUAGAUGGCAAUAACCAACUUGUAAUCAAAGGAAGAUUCCAACAGAAACAAAUAGAAAAUGUCUUGAGAAGAUAUAUCAAGGAGUAUGUCACUUGUCACACGUGCCGAUCACCGGACACAAUCCUGCAGAAGGACACCCGACUCUAUUUCUUACAGUGCGAAACUUGUCAUUCUCGAUGCUCUGUUGCCAGUAUCAAAACUGGCUUCCAGGCUGUCACAGGCAAGCGAGCACAGCUCCGUGCCAAAGCUAACUAAUUUGCUAAUCACCACUGAUUUUGCAAAGUGUGUUGUGGAGAGUUGGCUGGACAGGUUUCCCAUCAGAGUGGAUAUGCCAUUGUAUUAAAAGCAAGACAGAAAAGUCGCCAAGUUCUUUGGUGAGUGGUUGGUGAUCGGAAAUCCUUGCAAGAUGCCGAUGCUCAAGCUGUUGACAUACUCAUUGCCUACUUUAACAACUGUCAGAAAAACAUAAUGGGGUAAGGAGGUGCUUUUUUAAAAUCGUUCAUAGACUUCUGUAAAAUGCAAGAUAAAUUAAAGUUAUUAUAACAGUGA